AUGAAGGGGGACGCACAGAAGAAGGAGGAAGUUGUUAAGGCAACCCCCCCCAACGAAUCAGGUGAAAAAAUCAGCAUUAACCCGAAAAAGAGGAACUACCAGGAUUUGAAGGAAAAUAUGAAGACGAUGAAAGGGAAGUUCUUCUACAUCACGGCGCUGUCUAUCCUUUUGCUCAAAUGUGCAGUGGGAGGCCACGGGAGGGUCGUAAACAGGAGCCCGCGCGCCACUGUGAUGUAUGUAAGGGUCGUUUCCACGUGUCGACUCAGGAAAAGUGCCCACAAAAGUGCGCAUAAAAGUGCGCAUACAAAUGAGCCUGAAAAUGAGCUUAAAAGUAACGCCCAUGGCAGCGCGCUUAGCUAUAAUGUGCACCUCCCAAGCAGUUUAAACAUUUCGAGUGUAAACUUAGAUGAGGGCGUCCUCGAAAUUGGGAACCUCCCGCUUAGCAGCUACAACAUCGUGUCGGUUGACUACGGCUAUAGCUUCAUGGGCCUGUGUGUGCGAUGUAAGAACAAAUACAUAUACGAGAAAAUCACCGCAAGACACAAGCAUUUAAUUUACAACAAGGAGUUUGACGUACCCCUCAAGGAAAAUGUCAUCCUGUUUUAUGCCCUGUACUUUAAUGGCCACAUUUAUAAUUUUUUUUCCUUUUUCCAUUACCUGUUCGAAUGCAUAUAUAACAGCAAUGUGAUUGUUCUCAUCGGAUGCAACGGGCCGCACAUGAACAUGCUGGCAAGCGAUAUGGGCAGACAUCUGUGCUAUUUUAUGAACGAGGUGAAUGGAGAGAGAAAACCCCCCCUGGGGAAGAGCGCAAGAAGAAUUCCCUUCGAAGUGAAAAACGAAUUGAUCACAUUCAAAAAUAGAAAUGUUUAUAAAGAGCAACAAAAUAAUUUUGUGGAAAAAUAUUGUAUCAUGUCGAGCAAGGAAAAUCAAAAGAUGGAAAACAAAACGGACACUUGUUUAAACUUCUCAUUAAAAAAUAUGGUGACCAAAGUGAAGGAUCAAAAUAAUACUUUAUUUUCAAAAUUUUACAACAAAAAUUGUGCAGGCAGGAAGGAUGCCUUAUCUGCCUGCUAUCUGCUGGACUACUUUUGCAACUACUAUGAGAGUAGCGGCAGUUUUUUUCUGUUGCCCUCCAGGAAUGUCAAUUAUGUGUACCAUGUAAAGAAGUGACCCCCGAGGAGUGGCUACUUUCGCUGCGUGUGGAGUGUCUUCCCCGACGAAAGUGCAGUAUGUGUAGCAUUUACAUGUGUACGUGCGUACGUGUGUACACCUCUGCGUAUCACCCACACUUGUGCAUAGGCCAUGCUUCAGCGCUAUUGCACAAAUACGUUGUAGACCACCUCCGUUGCGCGAUCUUCCAUUGGCGUAAAUUAUGCCCCACGGCAAAUUUACUUUUUCGCCCCUUCGUACAGGUGACAAAAGUUUGAAGCGUCAUUCGGCAGGUGCCAGUGUCGCCUUUUCAUUCGUUCGUUAGGCUCAGCUGCUAACAAGCUCGCUAGCUCGUUUAUUUUUAUUUAUACAUAUUUUUUUUUUUUUUUGCAAUUUGUUUUUCGAAAUGGCUGACCUGUUCAUAUUUUUUUCGCAACGCUUUUUUGAUUUCCCCAAUUUGGCUAGCAAAGCGAAGAUUUGCUUUUAUUUUUUUUUUUGUAAAGUAUAUGCGCGGUUUGUAUGCAAGCUGAGAAUUUGCCGCGUCACGCGGGGGUAUACAUAUGUUACAUAAGUAUGCGCACUGUUCAUCGCUACUUGGCCACUACCAUGCGAGUGAGUCGUUUUAAGCUCGUUUUUGUGAAAGGAGAAACUACGCUUUG